AAAGAUGAUAAUAGUGAAUUUUCUUCAGCGCAUGUGUAAUAAAUAAAGCAGUAGAAGUAGUAGCAAAUUGAAUAUACCCAUAAUAAUCGUAAUACUAAACCUUAAUUUUAGUACACUUUAUGCGAACCUGGGAACGAGUUUACUCAUUUAAUAUCGAGCAUCAUCGACCGUGAUUUUCAAUGUUAAUGGUUUUUGAUAUCGAACAACAUGCAGCGAGCAGUUGAAUGACCGCAUUCGUUAACACAUACUUAUUUUUUUUCGAUAACGAUUCUCGUAGAUUGUUUCAAGAGCAAAAACUUGCAAUCUAGAAAUAUAUUUAAAGGAAAAAGAAAGUAAACCAUUGUUACGAAAAGCAAAUAUGUGAAAAAAAAAAAAAUAGAUCCUACCUCAUUAAUAAUGGAAAAUCAAAGAUGUUAUGGAAAUUAAUAAAGAGAACCGUUUUCAGUAAUGCACGCAUUACGCGUAUGAUGUCUUUCUAUGCCGUAGCCUGUGGACGCGCAAUAGGUGUUUAUAAUUCUUGGAAAGAAUGCGAGGAACAAGUGAAAGGAUUUAAAGGAGCAAAAUAUAAGAAGUUCCCUACCCGUUCAGCUGCUGAAGACUUCAUUCGCGGCGGUGAAGCUAUUGAAAAUGAAAUUUGCAACUUUCAAAGUUCAAAAAAAAAAUUUUUGAAAGGUUGUAUAGGAGAUGUCACGACAUCGGCAGCAAAAACGGACAAAGAAUUUUGGCCAAUUAACCAUGACGAUGAAGGAGAUAUAACUGAGAACGAUCUGUUAUAUGCUUUAGCCGAAGUGGAAGGGACUUCAAAGUCUCCAAAUCGACUAAAGCGAAAAUCGGGUAAUGAGUCCGGCUCUGCGAAAAUUCGAAAAAUUGAACCAAUCGGCAUCAAACAAGUAGGACCCUAUGAAUUUCAAAUUAAUGAGGAAGGCUAUAUUUUGGCUUACACCGACGGGUCUUGCUUUAACAAUGGAGGCAAAAAUGCUUCUGCGGGUUUUGGCGUUUAUUUUGGUGAUAAUCACCCGUUGAAUGUUGCUGAACCUGUAACAGGUAGAGUAACUAAUAAUGUAGGAGAAAUACAAGCAGCAAUAUAUGCUGUGAAAACGGCGCAGAAACUGGGGAUAAAUAAACUAUGCAUUAGCACAGACUCUCAAUUUCUUAUUAAUGCAGUAACACUUUGGAUAAAAGGGUGGAAAGCGAAAAAUUGGCAUUUAAAGAGUGGAGACCGUGUUAAAAACGAAGUCGACUUUAAAGAGUUAGACAACUUAUUGCAGGAUCAGAGUUUAGAUGUUAAGUGGAACUACGUUAAGGCGCAUAAAGGCAUUAAAGGUAACGAGAUGGCGGACAAGCUGGCCAAAACUGGUGCAGAAAUUUAUAAGCGUGUAUUUCUUGGCAAAAUGCUAAAUUAUUAAGAAAGUUAUGCGCAUUUUCGUAAUUAUAAUGUAUAUUUUGCUGGAUUCCUCGCAAAGUAGCGAUUUAAAAAUGCCAAUAGUGGAGAU